AUGGACUCUCCCGGCUCGCCUCCGUUGACGCCCAUCCGCGCGUACAUGACACCCAUCGAGACCUCUCCCACUUCACAAUACCGCGAUACAAUUCGACGGAGGAAUAGCAGCUUCUCCUCCUAUCACGGCCGAAGUCCCACGACACCCAAAAGCAGGAAUCGGAUCUCAGGCGCGUCACAUAUCUCGGGAGAGUUUGGCUUGGAAGGCGAAGAAGGAAGCGGCGGAGCAGGAGGCAACGGACUCGGAAAUCUCGCAGACGAGCUCGACCAACUCAGCGAUGAGGAGGACUUCGACGAAGGCGCAACGGAGGAGGAGCAAGGCGAAGACGGAAACGAUGACGAGAUCAAAGACGAGGCCUCCCGCGACUCGGGCAUCGACGUGUCUUAUAGGAACACGUCCACACAUACACGCAACUUUUCCAAACCCUUCUCCAGCGCCGCAGAUCAAUCGCCUACGGACGCACCGCCGCCGGAAGACGCGUCCGCGACAUCCUCCGACGAUGAGAUGCGCUUCUCCCUUGACCUCGAAGACGCCCUCACCUCCAUCGCCCGCAUGGCCUCGAGCUCAUCCACCUCCGAAGACCCCUUGAUCCCGCGCUUCAUAACGCAUCUCCAAGAUCUCGGCAAUCAGUCAUCGCUCGAAAGCGCUGCACAGCGUUUGACUACUUCGACCAACAGCGCGACCACACAUUUGAACACGCAGACCAAGACUCUCCAAACCCUGCUGCAGACCAUUUACCCUCCAAUAUUUGCUUUCGCCGCGGGACCAUUAGAUCCUGCAGUCAUAGAAGAGACACUCCCCUUGCUCGAAACCCUCCACGAAGCCCUACCUCUACCGGACGUCGUCGCUGGACAGAAGCUACAAAAGCUCGAUCGUGAAACCGCGGAUGUGAUUCUCGCACUCGGACAGAUUACAGACUCGCUUCAAAUGGGCAAACAAGCCACCACGCAAGCGUCGCGAUGUCUGCGAAAUACCCAGGGAAUGGUCCUGGAGUUGAGGCGAGAAAGAGAAGCAGCCGGGAAGGCGAGAGAAGAACUAGAGCGUAGUGGGUGGGGAGAGAAGCUGGAGGGAAGAUGGUGCGGGCAGGAGUGCAGAGAUAUCUUGGAGGGAUUCGAGGAGGAGUGCAAGGUCUUGAGGGGCAGUUUAGAGAGGAUGGCGGUUGUGGAGGGCUGA